UCGUCAAAACUGAAAAAGCAUUUCAAGGUUUCUCCUCCUCGUCCCCUCCUCUCAACGGUGGCUUCUCGCAAUUUUCCUCCUCCCCAGAUCACUCUGAGGAAGCCGUCGCCGUAAUCCGUUGCCAUUCCGAUCGCCGGAAUCCAGGUUUAAGCAAAUUAAUCGAAAAUGAGCGGACACGACUCGAAGUAUUUUUCCACCACAAAGAAGGGUGAAAUCCCUGAACUCAAAGAAGAACUCAAUUCCCAGUACAAGGAUAAGAGAAAAGAUGCAGUUAAAAAAGUCAUCGCUGCUAUGACUGUUGGGAAAGAUGUAUCAUCGCUCUUCACUGAUGUUGUGAACUGCAUGCAAACUGAGAAUUUGGAGCUCAAGAAGCUUGUUUACUUAUAUCUCAUAAAUUAUGCUAAAAGCCAGCCAGAUCUUGCUAUUCUUGCUGUAAAUACAUUUGUAAAGGACUCACAAGACCCAAAUCCUUUGAUUCGUGCACUGGCUGUGCGUACUAUGGGUUGCAUUCGUGUUGAUAAAAUCACAGAAUAUCUUUGUGACCCACUCCAACGCUGUCUCAAGGAUGAUGAUCCAUAUGUUCGCAAGACAGCUGCUAUUUGUGUUGCUAAACUUUAUGACAUCAAUGCUGAGCUGGUCGAGGAUAGGGGUUUUCUGGAAGCUCUUAAGGAUUUGAUAUCUGACAACAAUCCAAUGGUUGUAGCAAAUGCUGUUGCAGCUCUUGCAGAGAUUCAAGAACAUAGCAGUAAACCAAUUUUUGAGAUCACCAGUCACACAUUGUCAAAGCUUCUGACUGCUCUUAAUGAAUGCACUGAGUGGGGUCAAGUUUUUAUAUUGGAUGCUCUUUCCAAGUAUAGAGCGGCUGAUGCUCGUGAAGCUGAAAAUAUAGUUGAGCGAGUUACUCCAAGAUUGCAGCAUGCGAAUUGUGCGGUUGUUCUUUCAGCAGUCAAGAUGAUCCUUCAGCAAAUGGAACUGAUAACCAGCACUGACGUAGUUCGAAAUCUCUGCAAGAAAAUGGCUCCUCCCCUUGUUACUUUGCUUUCCGCAGAACCUGAGAUUCAGUAUGUUGCAUUAAGGAACAUAAACUUGAUUGUACAGAAACGGCCAACAAUCCUUGCCCAUGAAAUAAAGGUGUUUUUCUGCAAGUAUAAUGAUCCAAUUUAUGUGAAGAUGGAAAAACUGGAAAUCAUGAUAAAGCUUGCUUCAGACCGGAAUAUAGACCAGGUCCUGUUGGAGUUCAAAGAAUAUGCUACAGAAGUGGAUGUGGAUUUUGUCAGAAAAGCUGUCCGUGCUAUUGGACGCUGUGCCAUCAAGCUUGAGAGAGCUGCUGAGCGAUGCAUUAGUGUCUUGCUUGAGUUGAUCAAGAUUAAAGUGAACUAUGUUGUUCAAGAAGCUAUAAUAGUCAUCAAAGAUAUCUUUAGGAGAUAUCCUAACACCUAUGAAUCCAUCAUUGCUACACUUUGUGAGAGCUUGGACACUUUGGACGAGCCAGAGGCAAAGGCAUCAAUGAUAUGGAUAAUUGGUGAAUAUGCUGAACGAAUUGACAACGCUGAUGAGCUUCUUGAAAGCUUUUUAGAGAGUUUCCCUGAGGAACCUGCACAAGUCCAAUUGCAGUUGCUCACAGCAACGGUCAAACUUUUCCUUAAAAAACCAACUGAAGGCCCACAACAGAUGAUUCAGGUUGUGUUGAAUAAUGCAACAGUGGAGACUGACAAUCCUGAUUUGCGAGAUCGUGCCUACAUAUAUUGGCGUCUUCUCUCAACUGAUCCAGAGGCAGCGAAGGACGUCGUGCUAGCUGAAAAGCCUGUGAUUAGUGAUGACUCAAAUCAACUUGACCCAUCUCUACUUGAUGAGCUUCUAGCAAACAUAGCUACUUUAUCCUCUGUCUAUCACAAGCCGGCUGAAGCAUUUGUAACUCGUGUUAAGACCUCUCAGAGAACUGAGGAAGAUGACUUUGCUGAUGGAAGUGAAACAGGAAAUUCUGAAUCACCUGCCUAUGCACCUGACAGCAGUACUUCACCACCAGCUUCUUCAAGUUCUGCGCAGUAUGUAGGAAGGGAGGCAGUGGCUGCUCCAGCUGCAUCUGCAGCUCCUGCACUUGUGCCUGAUUUGCUUGACUUGGGCUUGGAUAAUAGCAGUGCUAUUGUGUCUGUUGAUCAGCCUGCAACUCCUGCUGGCCCUCCUUUGCCUGUUCUAUUACCAGCUGCUACUGGUCAGGGUUUACAAAUCAGCGCGCAGCUUGUACGAAGAGAUGGACAAGUAUUUUACAGCAUGUUGUUUGAGAACGACUCCCAGAUUCCACUUGAUGGUUUCAUGAUCCAAUUUAACAAGAAUACAUUUGGCCUUGCUGCUGGUGGACCACUGCAGGUUCCCCAAUUGCAGCCUGGGACUUCUGCAAGUACCCUUUUGCCUAUGGUUCUGCACCAGAAUAUAUCCCCUGGUCCUCCGAGUACACUUCUGCAAGUUGCUGUGAAAAAUAAUCAACAGCCUGUAUGGUACUUCAGUGAUGCAAUAUCAUUCCUGGUAUUUUUUGCCGAGGAUGGGAAAAUGGAACGCAGCACUUUUCUUGAGACAUGGAAGUCAUUACCUGAUUCAAAUGAGGUAUCAAAGGACUUUCCAGGGAUUGUGAUGAAUAGUGUGGAAGUAACCCUGGAUCGGUUGGCUGCUUCUAAUAUGUUUUUCAUUGCCAAGCGCAAGCACGCAAACCAGGAAGUGCUAUAUCUUUCUGCAAAAAUUCCGAGAGGAGUUCCUUUCUUAAUUGAAAUCACAGCUGUUAUUGGAAUACCUGGUCUGAAGUGUGCAAUCAAAACGCCUAGUCCUGAAUUGGCUCCACUUUUCUUUGAAGCCCUCGAGAACCUUCUCAAGAGCUAAUAUGUAUUCUUCCUGAUGAUUUUCCUCUCGUCUACUGAUUCAGUUUUGGUUUUACUAUUCGAUGAGCGUGUCUUCCUUUCUCUUUUCUCCUGUGUAAAAUCUGUAGGCUACUGAGAUUCCCGCUUGGUUGUUUUACUUCAACCUCUACUUCUUAGCUUUCUAGAGUCCAUUAGUUCGACCACAUCUGGCUGAAUUCUAGUCUUCUUAUUGCACAGAAUUUUGAUGAAAUGUAAAAUUAUUCCCAUGUAUCCACAAAAGGAAAUUUGCUGAUUUUUAUUCUUUCUAGAUGUCUAUCCAAAUUUUAAA